AUGAAGAUGCUACCCAUGAGGAAACUAUUCUCGCUGCUGCUGCUUUUGCUGUUGAUUGCUCCUAGCGAUGGCUUUACCUCUCACACUCCAGCACUAAGGACUUGCUCUACUACUAGCAUAAGUAUUAGUAGUAGACAGAGACCAUCCGCCAGUCCGAUUAUCACACGACGGAUACAAAGGCAACCGUUAUUUCUGCUAUGUUCCACAGUGAAAGAUGAUGAGAUUACCUCUACCGAGUCUUCUUUGCCAACUGAUCCAGAUAAUGCAGCACUGGUAGCACCACAAAAAGAUCAGGAGGAUGUACCAGAAGACGAUGUAUCAUCCAAUGAUGACAAUCCACUGUCUUUUUUUUUGCAAAACACCAUCUUUUUGGGCAUUGCUCCUACACCGGAUAUAGUGGCGAUUGCCACUAUUUACUUUGUCGAAGGCGCCCUUGGAUUGGCUCGAUUGGCACAAACCUUUUUGCUCAAGGAUGAACUGCAUUUGGGGCCGGCCGAAUUGUCUGCCUUGACCGGUCUCUUUGUGCUGCCGUGGACCAUUAAACCCUUGUAUGGAUUUCUCAGUGACGGAUUUCCGCUCUUUGGCUACAAGCGACGAUCCUAUCUCGUCGUCGCAGGAUUACUGGGAUGUGCCUCGUACACGGCGUUGGGACACGAUUUUGGAGGAUUGUUGGCGCCCGAUCAAAUGAUUCCCGCCACGGUCGCGUCGCUCAUGAUUAGUAGUGGCUGUAUUGCCUUUUCCGAUGUCGUGGCCGAUGGGAUUGUGGUUCAAAAAACACGCGACUCGGACGAUCCGGCAUUGGCGGGAGGAUUGCAGAGUCUUUGUUGGAGCAGUGCCGCUUUUGGAGGAUUGUUGUCGGCGUACUACUCGGGAUCUUUGUUGCAAGUCAUGAAACCACAAGAUGUCUUUCAAAUAACGGCCAUUCUUCCAUUCCUGGUGGCGUGUAUUUCCUUGCUGAUUCAAGAAGAAAGACAGCAACAACCAAAGGAUGAUGAAAUUGUCGUGGAGAUGGUGAACAACGAAAUACUGACUACGAAUGGCAGUGAGGACAGUUUGACAACAAGCACUACCACCAAUGGAGAUUUGACAAUCAGCAAUGGAGAUUCUGCAACCGCACUCGUAGCUACUACCGACGACGACGGCGUCAAGGGACAAAUCCAGGCUCUUUGGGACGCCAUUCGACAACCCAGUAUUUGGAAACCAACCCUGUUUUUAUUUUUAUGGCAAUCCACACCCACAUCCGAUGGAGCCUUUUUGUUUUUCAUGACGGAUGAACUCGGAUUUGGACCCGAAUUCUUGGGACGCGUUCGACUCGUUACGGCCGGUGCCAGUUUGGUCGGGGUUUGGUUGUACAAUCGAUUCCUCAAAACGGUACCGAUUAAAGAUAUUCUCUUUUGGUCUUCUAUUGUCGCCACACCGCUCGGAUUGUCAUCCCUCUUACUCAUUACCCAUGCCAAUCGAGAAUUGGGCAUUCCCGAUGCGGCAUUUGUCUUUGGCGAUGAUGUCGCUUUGGCCGUGCUGGGAGAAUUUGCAUUUUUGCCCACGUUGGUAUUGGCGGCGCGAUUGUGUCCACCGGGCGUCGAAGCCGUCUUGUUUGCCACACUCAUGAGUAUUUACAAUGGGGCCGGGACGGUCGGAACCGAAGUCGGGGCGUUGCUGACCAAGGCAUUGGGCGUGACCGAAUCCAAUUUUGACAAUCUCGGGUUAUUGACUAUCAUUUGCAAUCUGUCAUCCUUGUAUCCACUCUUCUUCAUUGGAUGGUUGGAUGAAGUGGGAGCGGCGUCGGAACAAGAAGAAGAAGAAGAAGAGGCGGCACAAGUGCCACAGGCGCUGCCAGAUGAUUCCACCAAAGUGUAG